AUGCGCUUCUCCACCAUCCUCGCCCUCGUCACCUCCGCCACCCUCGUCUCGGCCACCCCUUCCCCCGCCGAUGCGUCGCUCGUCGCCCGCUCCGGCGAUGGCAGCAUCUCGCUCGCCAAGCGUUCCGGGUGCGGCUCGACGGGCCCGCUCGGCGACGGCCACUUCGUGUGGUGGAUCACCGCCCCGUGCAAGGCUGGCACGCAGAUGACCUGCCAGGUCACGGACAAGACCGGCUGCCUUCCCGGCGACACCAGCAAGAUCGGGUCCGUUGAGGUCGACAACCCGGACGACACGACGCAGAUCGCGAAGAAGAGCGGCACGAACACACUGCCGUUCACUUGCCCGCCCGAGGGAUCCGUCCGCUGCCAGGCGAACUUCAACGACAACGACGACGGCCCGAGCUACAGCCUCCGCGCGUGGAAGCACCCUCGGCCAACGUCAGCGGUAUGCACGCACGAAGAGAAUCUUGUAGUCACUGCUCGUCUAGAGUAG